UGUGUGGUUCGUGUUCAGUGCUAUAUUAUUUUCUGCACUGGGGACUGUGCGAGUUUCUCGGGCGCAUUGGAAGUUGUUGUCCACUGUGUCCAGCCCUUGCUGACUACAUCCCAGUCUCCACACGUCCAGCGUGAGGUCCCUCCAGCUACAAGGUGGGCACCAUGACCGAGAAGUUCGACUGCCACUACUGCAGGGACUCCCUGCAGGGCAAGAAGUACGUGCAGAAGGAUGGCCACCACUGCUGCCUGAAGUGCUUCGACAAGUUCUGCGCCAACACCUGUGUGGAGUGCCGGAAGCCCAUCGGUGCCGACUCCAAGGAGGUGCACUACAAGAACCGCUACUGGCAUGACACCUGCUUCCGCUGUGCCAAGUGCCUUCACCCCUUGGCCAAUGAGACCUUUGUGGCCAAGGACAACAAGAUCCUGUGCAACAAGUGCACCACUCGGGAGGACUCCCCCAAGUGCAAGGGGUGCUUCAAGCCGAUCGUGGCAGGAGAUCAAAACGUGGAGUACAAGAAGACCGUCUGGCACAAAGACUGCUUCACUUGCAGCAACUGCAAGCAAGUCAUCGGGACUGGAAGCUUCUUCCCUAAAGGGGAGGACUUCUACUGCGUGACUUGCCACGAGACCAAAUUUGCCAAGCAUUGCGUGAAGUGCAACAAGGCCAUCACAUCUGGAGGAAUCACUUACCAGGAUCAGCCCUGGCAUGCCGAGUGCUUUGUGUGUGUUACCUGCUCUAAGAAGCUGGCUGGGCAGCGCUUCACCGCUGUGGAGGACCAGUACUACUGCGUGGAUUGCUACAAGAACUUUGUGGCCAAGAAGUGUGCUGGAUGCAAGAACCCCAUCACUGGGUUUGGUAAAGGCUCCAGUGUGGUGGCCUAUGAAGGACAAUCCUGGCACGACUACUGCUUCCACUGCAAAAAAUGCUCCGUGAAUCUGGCCAACAAGCGCUUUGUGUUCCACGAGGAGCAAGUGUACUGCCCCGACUGUGCCAAAAAGCUGUAAAGUGACAGGGGCUCCUGUCCUGUACAAUGGAAUUGAGUCUUGUUCUCCGCGUCCU